GACGUCACCGGACGUCAUUCUGCCCACGUGCGCAAAUAGAGGGGGUAGAGUAGCCGAGCGGCGACAUUUUGGAGUUUUCCAAACAAAACUAUAGUUUGGAAUAAAAUAUGACGACCAGGAGGAAAAGGACGACACCCUCGGCCGACGUGUACGCGGAGGAGGAGGCGGCCGCCCGGCGGACAAACGUCAACAGUUUGGCGGUACUCGGUGCGCACGAGCGCGCCGUGCGACAUCUGGAGGAGCUAGUGCUCGGCGCUGUGCACGCACAGGACGAAGAGGAGGAGAGGAAGAGUAGGGAUGAUGAUGAUGAUGAGGAGGAAGAGGAGACGCUGGAUCGUUUACAGCCUCCACCAAUUAAACGAGCCGCUUGGAUCGAUGAAGAUGACGAGUUGGAUGAAGAGGUGGACAUGAAGCAUCGUUUCCGUAGCGACCUGAUGAGAGGAGAUGCUGAGUCAACCAUGACUAAACAAAAACUUCAGCAGAGGAUGAGAGAACAGUUCCAGAAGUCGAUGGGCGGAGCGCCAUCAUGGGCCAUCGGUGGCAGGAAGUUAACAACAGACGAUGAGGAGGAGGAAGAGGAAGAAGACAAGGAUGAUGACCUGCUGAGGAGGACAGGAACCUUGGUGGCAUCUUCGGACGUGUUGCCCAGUGGCGUUCUUAAAAUGAAGAAGUGUCUCCACGCCAACGCCGCCCGUCCUUCGGAGGACAGGCUGACGUCGGUCCAGUUCCAUCCCACGGCUCAGGUCGUCAUGACGGCGGGCCUGGAUUGCUCGCUGUCGCUCUUCCAGGUUGACGGGAAGACCAACGCCAAGAUCCAGAGCGUCCACCUGGACCGCUUCCCCGUCCACAAAGCUUGUUUCAGUCGCCAUGGCGACACCGUCAUCGCCACCAGCCUGAAGAACAAAAUGUUUUACGUGUACGACAUGAUGGAGGGGCGGGUCACACCUGUGCACACUGUCAGAGGGCUGAAUGAGGCCCGGGUGAAGGAGUUCUCGGUAUGUCCUGACGGCGGCGCUCUGCUGCUGACAGGAAGUAGAGGAUACCUGCACACGCUCACACUCAAGCCGAUGAGUGUGCGUGCUCAGACAAAGGAAGUGGUGAGCAGCAUGAAGAUGAACGGUGACGUCAGCGGCGUGGCGUUCAGUCGUGACGGCAGCAAAGUGUUUGCUAACUCAGAGGAGGGCGAGGUGUACGUGUGGGACGUGCGCAGUAGUCGUUGUCUCAGCAAGUUUGCAGACGACGGCUGCGUGAGGGCGACGUCCAUCGCCACCUCCCCUAACGGACAGUACCUGGCGUGCGGCUCCCAGGCGGGCGUGGUCAAUGUCUACUUGCAGGAGGCGUGUCUUAACUCGGCCAGUCCGAGGCCUCUGAAGGCCAUGAUGAACCUGCUGACCUCAGCCACCUCGCUGACCUUUAACCCCACCUCUGAGAUCCUCGCCAUGGCGUCCCGAGCUGAAGACGAAGGCGUGCGGCUGGUCCAUGUUGCCAGUCUCAGCGUCUUCUCCAACUUUCCUGUGUCCAAGAGGAAGAGCGUCCACCGAGCUUCCUGUCUACACUUCUCGCCUCACAGCGGCUUCUUCUCAUUGGCCAACAACAAAGGACACGCCCCCCUCUUCAGGCUGCUCCACUACACGAGUUUCUGAGGAAGAAGGAAAGCGCUGUGGAAGGAAACAAACAUGAAUGAGAGUGCACCGGCCAUAUUUCUUUUGAAUCAUUUGCAUUAAAAAAAAACGUGUGAAAACAUUCUUCAGUUCUU